GGAAAAUUCAAAAGAUGGAAAAGUUAAAAAGGGAGGAAAGGAAGAAAUGAAGAAUGAUGGAAAAGUUAAAAAGGAAAAGAAAGAGGUUUCAAAAAAGAAGGAAAACGUUAAAAAAGAAGGAGAAGGAAAAGAAGGAAAGAAGAAGGAAAAGGUUAAAAAAGAAGGAAAACAAGCGUCAUCAAAAGGGGGUAUUGAAGAUACCCAGGCCGUAACUUAUGAGGAAGUGGAGGUGGCUUCUGUCCACUCGACUUCAACAAAAUCGGAAGAAAGCGAUAAAGAAGAUGAGUAAAAGAAGUUAAUAAAAAUAGAAAUUUUUUUGUCAAAAAAUUGUGUUGUGAUGUUUAUUAAGAAUCAGGGAUGGAAUGGGUUGAGAAAUGAGCCGGGGUUUCAAAAUUUUCCUAGAAUCGGGUUUCGGGUCGAUAAAAAGUGUUUCGGGCCGGGCCAUUUAAAAUUUUCCGAAAAUCCAGAUUUUUCGGAGCGUUUGAGGGAUAUUAGUGAUUUGGGGACGAUGAGGGGGAUAUCGGUGGAUUUACACGAAUUAAGGGUCGGGUUUCGAGUCAAAAAAAAAUUCGGGGUUUGGGUAACCCGUCCUAUCCCUGAUAUAAAUAUAUUUUCUCGUCGUUAUAUAAAUAAAUAUUUGUGCUGGAUUUGUUAA